AUUACCUAACGUAAACAUACUUACAUACAUAUUAAUGUAUUAUUAUUCUGUCUUGUGGACAAUCCGACAAUUAAUUCGAAGCGUCAAUGCGUCAUGUGUACCAGAAUUGUUCACAUUGAGCGACGGACGCGAUUUUUAAUAUUAUAAAAAACCCCCGUUUAAUUAUUUCGUUCGUAAUCAAUAUAUUAUACAUGUACAUAUAUUUAUGAAUAUUUUUAUGUGUAUAUCGAUAUCGGCUGUAGUUUUGUUGUAUUUUAUAAUAUUAUUUGGCGUUGCGCUGCUCAAAUAACUGAUGACGAUAACAUAACGAUGCUAUAUAGUGUUCGAUCACAAUAUUAAAGAUACAAAAAUAUAAUAAUAAUAUUAUUAUCACAUUCACCGUUCCUAGUAUAAAAAUUCAUUGUGCACAGCAGCUUCGCGAACGAUGAUCCUUCACGACGGAAUGAUGAUUGACGAUGGGUCAUCGUACCAGCAAAAAAUGUUCGACAGGGCAGCCGUUCUAUUACAGAAGUUCCCAUUCCGGUUCCUCAACAGAGUUUCCAGGGAGAGCACCGAGCGGACCGGAAACUCACGCAAAAUGGCGUUUUACUACUCGAAACGUUUCCCAAACAUGUGUACGAGCUCCUCUUUCUACGACGACAUCAUGAAUAUCGCCGAAAUGCACGUGAAUUAUUACAAAUCCCGUUGGUUUGAUUUUGGUGAACUAUAUUCAGAGCCAUCUUUCAAUGAAUCUACAGUUCCAUGGACUAAUCGUCCAGUAUUACGACCAAAUCAUACACAAAAUACAUUUGUUCAUAGUGUCAAUUACAAUUACAAUAACAAUCAGAGGGAUUUAACAAAUAGUCAUACUCUUAAAGUUCAACUACCCAAUAAACUAGUCACCAUUCUAGUACCCACACCUAGUUCUGUUGAAUCGUUUUCAGCAUCUAGUUCACCAUUAGAUUUUGAAGAGCCUAUUACGCCUAUUAAAAUAAUGUCUAAAAAUAACAAUGAUUUUAAAAAGUCACCUGAAGAGAAUAAUAAUAAAAUACAAGUCAUCGAAAACGAUGAUGAUACUAAAAGUAGCAGCAUUGACUCAGAUAGUUCUAUGUCUGAUACUAUUGAUGAAAAGACUGUAUCAUAUGCAGAAAUUAUCAAACAUUCCAAACCUACAAAACCAAAACAAUCUGAAAAGCCUGAUUAUAAUAUUAUUGAAGAAUCUAGAAAAGAAUCUAUUAAAUCUAAUAGAAUUCCGCCAUCUAAAAAAAUAUCAAUUAAGCUGCCUGAUGCUCCAUUUCUACCAAAUAACCAACAUUGUGCAUUUUGUAAAAACAAUGGCGAAGAAGAAUCAGUUUAUAGAACACAUUUUGUUAAAGAUGAACUAGGAAAUGUGAAGUGUCCAUUUUUAUCAAGGUACACCUGUCCACAUUGUAAAGCAACUGGGACUAAAGCUCACACUAUUAGUAGAUGUCCAUUAAGUAAUAAAAAUAGAAUUAAUAAAUUUAAUAAACAACAGUGAUAAAACAUCAUUAAUUAUUAACAUUGUUUUAAUAUAUAUAUUUUUAAAUAU